GGUGGAUCUUGAGGCGGUCCUAAAGACCCACGCACACCGAAAGUCCUGGAUCAACCCAGCCAGCCCCUCCACCGUUUAUCAAACUUAAAAAUGGCACCCUCCACUUCUUCCCAACUUUUCUCUGCGCUAUUAAUCGCAUUGUCCAUCUCUACUGUGAACUCUCAGUAUGAAAAAUACAGCUUCAGGAGUUUCCCCAGGAAUGAGCUGAUGCCUCUGGAGUCCGCUUACAAAUACGCACUGGACCAGUACACCGGGGAGAAGUGGAAGGACACGGUGGACUACAUGGAGGUGUCUUUGCGGCUGUACCGGUUGCUGCGGGACAGCGAGGCCUUCUGCAACCUCAACUGCAGCUCCGUGAGGCUGGACGACGAGCAGAAGUUUGCGGAGUUUCCAGAGCUGCGGGCGUUUGGUAACGUUAUGAAGAGGGCGCAGUGCCUGAAGCGCUGCAAACAGGGGCUGCCCGCUUUCAGACAGACCAUGCCCAGCCGGGACACCAUAGAAGAGUUUGAGAGGAGAGAGCCGUACAAAUACCUACAGUACGCCUACUUCAAAUCUGACAACCUGGCCAAGGCCGUGUCUGCUGCCCACACAUUCCUGCUGAAACACCCAAACGAUGAGAUGAUGCAGAGGAACAUGGCCUACUACAAGAGUCUGCCUGGAGCCGAAGAACACCUCAAAGACCUGGAGACCAAAUCCUAUGAGACAUUGUUUGUGCGUGCGGUGCGGGCGUAUAAUGGAGAAAACUUCCGUACCUCAGUGUCAGACAUGGAGCUGGCUCUGAGGGACUUCUUCAAGGUCUACGAUGAAUGUCUGGCUGCAUCUGAGGGCCCCAGGGAUGUCAAAGACUUUAAAGACUUCUACCCCUCCAUAGCUGAUCACUAUAUAGAGGUCCUUGACAGGAAAGUGAGGUGUGAAAGUGAACUGACACCUGUCGUAGGGGGAUUCAUUGUUGAGAAGUUUGUGGCCACCAUGUACCACUAUCUGCAGUUCGCCUAUUACAAAUUGAAUGACCUGAAGAACGCAGUACCGUGUGCAGCCAGCUACAUGCUCUUCGACCCCAGCGAUGAAGUUAUGAAGAAUAACGUGGCCUAUUACCAGUUCCACAAAAGCCAGUGGGGACUGACAGAGGAGGACUUCCUCGCCAGAUCAGAGGCAGUGCGGUACUACAAUCUGACCACCAUGCAGCUACAAAUGUUGGAGUUCUCCAGACAGCGCCUGGUGAGCGACGAUGAGGGGGAGGUGGUGGAGUUUAUAGAUGAGUUCCUGGAUGAGGAUACAUUCCCCGUGUUGGAAGGUCCUCCAAAACACUGAAAAACAAUCUCAAGCAGCAUAACACCCCCCAGUUUGUAUUUAAUGGGUUUUGUACAAGGCUCUGAUUGGUCACUGUGUUCUCACCUGCAGAUCCACAUCCUGAAUAUUUUAAAAUGUCCUAUUUUGUGCACUAAAUAUCCUGUUCUGAGGUAUGGACAUACAGCACAGUGGCUGAAGACAAUAAUGAUAAAAGAGACAAGAAACAUUUUUACUCACUGUUUUAUGGAUUUCUUCCUCCACUGUGAAUCGUGUAUGUUGUAUUUUUGCAAUGAAAUGAUAAUAAAACAUCAGGUCUUUCAAGAAAUAA